AUGUCGCUUGCCACGUUGUGCUCGCUGGCCGGCGUGCCCAUGCCUGCUGGCGAUCGAGACGACGGGCGGAGCGGCCGUGGUGGAGGCGGCGCAGCAGCGGCGCCGCCAGCGGGCCCUGUGGGGGGCUUCCCGGGGAUGCCACCCAUGGGCGGGAUGCCGCCGAUGCCGGUUCCUGGCGGCGUGCCAGGCAUGCCAGAGAACCACCAGAUGCAGCAGAAUCUGAACGACUAUUAUACCCGGAUGUGGUCCAGCUACGCCAUGCAGCAGCAGUCGGACAAGAUGAAGGCCGCUCAGAUGCCCACUGGCCCAGCUUUCGACAAGGAGGCCCUCGCGCGGCUCGCCGAGAGGGCAGCGCAGGCCCCGCCCGAGCCUCCUGCGCAGCCUCCGGCGUACGAAGAGCAGCCAGCGCCUGCUCCGCCAGCGCACGCAGAGCAGUCAGACCAUGCGCCGAAGGCGUCGGACGCCACCAGCAGCCUCGAGGCCGAGGUGGCCAGACUGCGCGCGGAGAACGAGCGCUUGCGCGCCGGUACCUCGCAGAUGUCCCAGAGCCCACCGCCGGCAGCGCCCACGGCUCCCGCUGCACUAAGUUCCACGAGCAUGGCGAGCUCGGCAGCGGGCAUGGGUCCUGGCCAGAGCAUGGGCAUGACGAUCAACCAGCAGAAGAGGGUCGCAGACGUUACCCUGAAGGGCUUCCUCAACCCCAGGGCGAUGGAGGCGCAGAAGCCGCAGAAGGAUGACGAGUCCGUGCAGAAGAUGCUUGAGCGGCUGCAAGGCAAUGUAGAGCAGACCAAGCAUGCGGUCGAGCUGAACCAGGAGCAGAUGAAGGCACGGGCGGCACAGAUGCGUGCAUCGGGGCAGGCGAUGGGCGCUUGGUCGCCGGAAGUCGGCCUGAACGCCUUCAGGGAGGACUUGAGGACGCGCGCCGAUUUCGAGUUCGAGGCGCUCACCUCGCGCAUGCAGUCGGCGACAGAGCCAGCCGACAUGGACAAUAUCGCGAGGGAGGUGCUCAUCAGGUUUUCCUCCUUCAAUCCGCAGCAGGUGGUUGAGCUGCUGCAGAAGCUGGACGGCGCCUCGGGGCUUCAGCACCACCAGGGCGGAGACUUCCUCGCCGAGAUGAGCCGCCUGGUGGUCCCGCGGCUGAAGGAGUUCAGCAGCAGCCAGUUCACGUCGCUGACGAGCACCUUCGCGUCCUGGUCCUCGGAGGCCCGUGCCGACUCGAGGAAGCGCGGCGGACGCUUCGUGGAGUUCUCCAAGGCCUUCUUCAACGCGGCAGCGCAGGAGAUGUCAGUACGACUGAUGACGUUCGCUCCCCACGAGCUGAACUGCUGCCUGGCGGCAUUCGUGUCGGUGGGUUUCUCCGACCACAAGUUCUUCGCUUCCGUUAGCCGUGCUGCCCUCGCACGCCACAGCAGUUUUGCCCCAGUUCAGCUGACUGCGCUGCUCGCCAUCCUCUCGGAGAUGCGACUCGUGCACGGGGAUUUGUUCAAUGCAGCUGCCGGCUUCUUGACCACCCGGGCGAAGGAGCUGCGCCCUGUGGAUAUCAUACGCGUGCUCCGGUCCUUCUCCAAGUGCAACAUGCAGCACCAGGGCCUCUGCAAGGCCGUGAGCGACGAGGUCGUCAGCCGCACGAGGGACCCGAAGACUGCGGGCAGCUUCAAGGCGGAGGACCUCUGCGAGAUAUCCUGGGCGCUGAUGGUGCUGAACCACUACCACGAGGGCAUCUUCAGGACCAUGUUCCAGUAUCUGGAAAAGACGCCGACGAUCGCCGCCGACGCCCUGCUGCAGCUGUACGAGUGCCACCUGGCACUGCAGGCGGAGUAUUCCGACCAGUACAAGCGGUACCAGAUUGACCCAGACCUGGCAGACACGCUCGAGGACCACUACAAGGACUACCGCAAGGACGAGCGCCGCUGCUCGGAGAAGCAGCGCAACGACGUGGCCUCGGCGCUGAAGUCGCUGGUAGAUGGCUCGGUCCACGUCAACCACCGCACGAGCUCUGGCCUGCUGGUCGACGUCGCCGCGCUGCGCAAGCGCAGCUCGACCGACGGCUUCGUGCACGUGGACCUGGAUUCGAACGUCACCACGGUUCGCGCGCUGGACCAGGAGGACCCGGCGCAAGCCUUGGUGACGGAGGGCGCGGUCGCGUUGAGGCGGCGCCUCAUCCAAAAGGCCGGGUUGCGCCUCGUGACUGUGCGCGAGAGCGACUGGCGUGACCUGGACGACUCGAAGGACAAGAGGCGCUUCCUGAGGUCGCUGCUGUCGGCUCUGGGCGACGUCUUGGAGUGA